GUCACAAGCUCGCCAACAUUCAGUUGAAGCUACAAAUUUCCCUACUAUUCAAAUUAGUGUUUUAAGCAUAUUAACUGCAAAUUGUACUUUCUACGAACAAUGUUGUAUUUAAAUUAAAAUUUACUUAUAAUUUGAAACGUAAGUCUUACUCCAGAAGGUAUUUUAUCUCGGUUUUAAGCCAUUGCAACUUCAUUUUAAUGUUUGUCAAGUUUGCGUUUUUGUAUAGCAACUAGAGCAUUUCUGAAUAAAAAAAACGUAGAACUGCAAUAGCAUUGAGUGUCCACUCUGUACUAGUACUUUAUUUACUCUAUGGUUGAACCACGUGUGUAGUAGUAAGGUAUUCAGUAGCGCGUGUUUGUUGCCAUUUUAUGCUUUAAAGGAUAGGGGCAGUGCAGCAGGAUGGGCGACACACAGAUGUCAGAUGCACCGAUGCUGAACACGGACGCCAGAACCGGAGGAACGAACCUCGAUGAGAAAGUUCGAAUGAAGAAGCAGCUUGGUUUGCUGGAAGGUGUCGCCAUCAUUCUGGGAAUAAUAUUUGGCUCAGGGAUCUUCAUCUCGCCCAAGGGGGUGAUCAAGGAGGUGGGGUCGGUGGGACUGUCGCUGGUGGUGUGGGUGGCGUGCGGCCUGCUCUCCAUGAUCGGAGCGCUGUGCUACGCCGAGCUCGGAACCUCCAUCCCCAAGUCGGGGGGCGACUAUGCCUACAUAUUUGAAGCAUUCGGGGCGCUGCCGGCCUUCCUCUACCUCUGGGAUGCCAUGCUCAUUUUUGUACCCACCACGAAUGCCAUCAUGGGACUGACAUUCGCCAACUACGUGAUCCAGCCGUUCUUCCCCAACUGCCCCAACCCGGACAGUGCGGUGCGCCUCAUCGCUGCUGUGACCAUAUGUUUUCUAACUUUCAUGAACUGCUAUGAUGUGAGGCAGACCACAAAAAUGCAGAAUGUUUUUAUGUUCACCAAAAUACUCGCUCUGGUUUUGAUCAUUAUUGCAGGAUUUUCAUACUUGUUUCUCGGGAAUACGUCAAAUUUUGAUCGUCCAUUUGAAGGAGGCAGCUCGGAUCCAGGAAAAAUUGCUGUUGCUAUUUAUUCUGGGAUAUUUUCAUAUUCAGGAUGGAAUUACUUGAACUUCAUGACAGAAGAACUUAAGGAUCCCUAUGUAAAUCUGCCACGGGCCAUCUACAUCUCUCUGCCGCUGGUGACGCUGAUAUACGUGCUGGCGAACGUGGCUUACCUGGCCGUGCUCACGCCCGUGGCCAUGCUGGCCUCUAAUGCCAUUGCAGUGACGUUUGCAGAUGACCUGCUGGGAGUGUUCUCUUGGGUGAUGCCGCUGCUGGUUGCGUUGUCAGCGUUCGGAGGGUUGAGUGUCCACAUCAUGACUUCGUCCAGGUCUGGUAAUGCAUGGGUUGGUUUGGGCGCGGUGCUCAGGCACGUGCAUGCGCACGUGAGCCGUGCUGCAAGUAGCGGGCGUGUGUGUCCCCAGGAUGUGCUUCGUGGGAGCCCGGUACGGCCACUUCCCGGCCAUGCUGUCGCACAUCAACAUGCAGCGCUUCACGCCCACGCCUUCGCUGGUGUUCCUGAACGUGCUGUCCCUGGUGAUGCUGUGCACCAGCGACGUGCACGUGCUCAUCACGUACUCCAGCUUCGUGGAGUCCUUCUUCAUCAUGCUGUCCGUGACGGGCAUCCUGUGGCUGCGGUACAAGCGCCCGCACAUGACGCGCCCCAUCCGGGUGUCGCUGUGGAUACCCGUGGUGUUCGUGGUGGUGUGUGCCUUCCUGGUGUUUGUGCCGUGCUACUACGUGCCGUACGAGGUGGGCAUGGGCGUGCUCAUCACUCUGAGCGGCGUGCCCGCCUUCUUCCUGGGCGUGCUGUGGGACGACAAGCCCGUGUGGUUCGUGAGCGCGCUGGGCAGGAUCACGCACACCGUCCAGAAGCUGUUCCUGUCGGCCAAGGAGGAGACGGACGAAGACUGAGGAGCACAGCCGGUCCGUGCCUGCUCUGCUCAAAGUGCAGCCUUCCUAUUUAAUUUAUUUAUUGAAUCUCUAGGACUGAAAAAAAAUGUGAUGUGUGUGUUUUUGUAACACUUGAUGCUUACAGUAUGUUACUGUGUUCAUUGGCAAACUUAAAUAUCUAACAUUGAUGUUUUGACCUAAUGGUUAUAAAGUGUUUCUCAACUGUGAAA